AUGUUUACCCUGGGUACCUCUGUGUUUACCCUGGGUACCUCUGUGUUUACUCUGAGUACCUCUGUGUUUAACCUGGGUACCUCUAUGUUUACCCUGAGUACCUCUAUGUUUACCCUGGGUACCUCUGUGUUUACCUGGGGUACCUCUAUGUUUACCCUGGGUACCUCUGUGUUUAUUCUGGGUACUUCUGUGUUUCCCAUGUGUACCUCAGUGUUCACCCUUGCUACCUCUAUGUUUACCCUGGGUACCUCUAUGUUUACCCUGGGUAACUCUGUGUUUACCCUGGGUAACUCUGUGUUUUCCCUGGGUAACUCUGUGUUUACCCUGGGUACCUCUAUGUUUACCCUGGGUUCAUGUACCUCUAUGUUUACCCUGAGUACCUCUGUGUUUACCAUGGGUACCUCUAUGUUUACCCUGGGUACCUUUAUGUUUACCCUGGGUACAUGUACCUCUAUGUUUACCCUGAGUACCUCUGUGUUUACCACGGGUACCUCUCUGUUUACCCUGGGUACCUCUGUGUUUACCCUGGGUACCUCUGUGUUUACCCUGAGUACCUCUGUGUUUACCCUGGGUACCUCUAUGUUUACCCUGGGUACAUGUACCUCUAUGUUUACCCUGAGUACCUCUAUGUUUACCCUUGGUACCUCUGUGUUUACCCUGGGUACCUCUGUGUUUACCCUGGGUACCUCUAUGUUUACUCUGAGUACCUCUGUGUUUACCCUGGGCACCUCUGUGUUUACCCUGGGUACCUCUAUGUUUACCCUGGGUACCUCUAUGUUUACUCUGAGUACAUCGGUGUUUACCCUGGGUACCUCUAUGUUUACCCUGUGUACAUGUAACUCUAUGUUUACCCUGAGUACCUCUGUGUUUACCAUGGGUACCUCUAUGUUUACCCUGGGUACCUCUAUGUUUACCCUGAGUACCUCUGUGUUUACCUUGGGUACCUUUGUGUUUACCCUGGGUACCUCUGUGUUUACUCUGGGUACCUCUAUGUUUACUCUGGGUACCUCUGUGUUUACCCUGGGUACCUCUGUGUUUACCCUUGGUACCUCUAUGUUUACCCUGGUUACCUCUAUGUUUACCCUGGGUACCUCUGUGUUUACCCUGGGUACCUCUAUGUUUACUCUGAUUACCUCUGUGUUUAUUCUGGGUACAUCUGUGUUUACCUGGUCUUCAUCAGCCGACACCUCUGGAAACCCUGUAACGUACGGUGGUCCACCAGCAGUGGACACCUCUGGAAACCCUGUAAUGUACGGUGAUCCACCAGCAGUCGAUCGCGACACCUCUGGAAACCCUGUAACGCACGGUGGUCCACCAGCAGUCGACACCUCUGGAAACCCUGUAAUGUACGGUGGUCCACCAGCAGUCGACACCUCUGGAAACCCUGUAAUGCACGGUGGUCCACCAGCAGUCGACACCUCUGGAAACCAUGUAACGUACGGUGGUCCACCAGCAGUGGACACCUCUGGAAACCCUGUUACGUACGGUGGUCCACCAGCAGCCGACACCUCUGGAAACCCUGUAACGUACGGUGGUCAACCAGAAGUCGACACCUCUGGAAACCCUGUAACGUACGGUGGUCCACCAGCAGUCGACACCUCUGGAAACCCUGUAACGUACGGUGGUCCACCAGCAGUCGACACCUCUGGAAACCCUGUAACGUACGGUGGUCCACCAGCAGUCGACACCUCUGGAAACCCUGUAACGUACGGUGGUCCACCAGCAGUCGACACCUCUGGAAACCCUGUUACGUACGGUGGUCCACCAGCAGUGGACACCUCUGGAAACCCUGUUACGUACGGUGGUCCACCAGCAGCCGACACCUCUGGAAACCCUGUAACGUACGGUGGUCAACCAGAAGUCGACACCUCUGGAAACCCUGUAACGUACGGUGGUCCACCAGCAGUCGACACCUCUGGAAACCCUGUAACGUACGGUGGUCCACCAGCAGUCGACACCUCUGGAAACCCUGUAACGUACGGUGGUCCACCAGCAGUCGACACCUCUGGAAACCCUGUAACGUACGGUGGUCCACCAGCAGUCGACACCUCUGGAAACCCUGUAACGUACGGUGGUCCACCAGCAGUCGACACCUCUGGAAACCCUGUUACGUACGGUGGUCCACCAGCAGUGGACACCUCUGGAAACCCUGUUACGUACGGUGGUCCACCAGCAGCCGACACCUCUGGAAACCCUGUAACGUACGGUGGUCAACCAGAAGUCGACACCUCUGGAAACCCUGUAACGUACGGUGGUCCACCAGCAGUCGACCCCUCUGGAAACCCUGUAACGUACGGUGGUCCACCAGCAGCCGACACCUCUGGAAACCCUGUUACGUACGGGGGUCCACCACCAGUCGACACCUCUGGAAACCCUGUUACGUACGGGGGUCCACCACCAGUCGACACCUCUGGAAACCCUGUUACGUACGGGGGUCCACCACCAGUCGACACCUCUGGAAACCCUGUUACGUACGGUGGGCCACCACCAGUCGACACCUCUGGAAACCCUGUUACGUACGGGGGUCCACCACCAGUCGACACCUCUGGAAACCCUGUUACGUACGGUGGUCCACCAGCAGUCGACAACUAUCACGGAAGUCCUGAUAUUCGAAGUUAG